UUUAAGGAGUCUGCUUCCCUCUCGCUCCUGUUCGCUGCUGUCCUCCAGGACUCCAGAGUCGCGGAGAUCCCAUGCAGUCGCCAAGGGAGAGGAGUACAGUGCGAGCCCGAGCUGGAUGGAUGGUUAUGGGGGAAAGAGGGAGACCCUCGGCGCUUGAAGUGUGCAGAGUCCUCGCCGUGCUUUUCUCACUCUUCCCCUCUGUGAGCCUGCAGUGCAAGAUCCUCAAGUGCAACUCUGAAUUUUGGGCCUCCACCUCAAACUCUGGACCGGAGGAGGAGUUUUGCACGGCUCUGCGGGCGUACAACAGCUGUGUACGUCGGACUGCACGUACCUGCAGGGGUGACUUGACAUAUCACUCUGCACAGCAUGGCAUAGAGGACCUAAUGAGCCAGCACAACUGCUCCAAGGAAGGACCGACUUCCCAUCCACGUACCCGGACCCCGCUUCCUCCAGCACCCCCGCCGGUUAUGACUGACAGCCAAGAACGCUCCGAUGGCCCGGAAGUGUGCCACUAUGAGCGCAGUCUUCCACGCAACACAGCGCCACCUAACUAUACCCACUGUGGCUUUUUUGGAGACCCACACCUCCGAACCUUUGGCGACGACUUCCAGACAUGUAAGGUGGAAGGAGCCUGGCCGCUCAUCCAUAACAAAUACUUGUCCGUCCAGGUGACCAACACUCCCGUAGUACCAGGCUCUUUCGCCACCGCCACAAGCAAGCUGACGAUCAUCUUUAAGAACUUCCAGGAAUGUGUGGACCAGAAGAUGUACCACGCAGAGACAGACGAGCUGCCGGCUGCGUUUGCAGACGGCUCAAAGAACGGAGGCGACCGCUACGGAGCGAACACCCUGCGUGUGGUGGAGAAGGUUGCCGGGCAGCAUGUGGAGAUUCAGGCGAGAUACAUCGGAACAACCAUCGUAGUCCGGCAGGUAGGCCGCUACCUAACCUUUGCCGUGCGGAUGCCGGAAGAAGUUGUGAAUUCAGUGGAGGAAGGUGACAACCAGGACUUGUACCUGUGUCUUCACGGUUGUCCUGCCAACCAGCGCAUCGACUUUAGGAACUUCAGAGCUCGAGCGGCGGAGGCCCAAAGCGUCAGCAGGACCAGGAGCAGCACCGGUGCCAACGGCUUUACCUACCAGUCUGCAAAGACCAAGUGCAAAGAGCGGCUUCCAGUGGAGGAUCUCUAUUUCCAUUCUUGCGUGUUCGACCUCCUCUCGUCCGGAGACAUAAACUUCACCAUGGCAGCCUACUACGCUUUUGAGGAUGUUAAAAUGCUCCAUUCAAAUAGCAAAAGAUACCACAUCUUUGAAAAGGAUGCCGAAAUGAAUAGUGCAGAACAGAAGGGCAGAAAUGUACUUUCAGUCUUCCUCGUCAACCUCCUCGCUGUGUUAUUGUGGACAGUCUGUCUAUAGCGUCUUUACAACAGUGUCCUCAUGGCGUGUCUGUCAAGGAGCAUUAGAGCACCAUCGCUGCGUCCUACAUCGGCUCCUCUUUGCUCUGGUUCUGUGACUUGACAGGUAGCUUGCAAGUAGGUCAUCCCCGACCCAAGUCUCAUUUUAGUGCUAUUGUCGUGUCUUGACGUCAGCUUAAUGACAGGACGAGCUCAGCGUUCUCCCACCUAUCAUCACACGUAUUCAGCUGCUUCAUUGGAUUGGUCUUUGAAGAGGGCAGCGGUGAGAGAGCCCAGCUACUGCUGAGCUCAGGAUAUCCACCUGGGAUUAAAUCCCACAUUCUCAAUGGGGCCUGCAUACCUAUGGGAAGCUGGACAAGAUGAUCUUCUGCAGAAAGAGGAGUUUGCUGUUCCUCCCUCCCCCCC